CAUUUAAGAAAUAUAGUGAAAUUAGAAGUAGACUAAUAUAGUUUCGAACUUACAAUAUUUAAACGUUUGAACAUCAAAACGAGCACGGUAUUUUAAUCAAGUGGGUUUUAUUUACAUUUUGAGAAUGAUUCAUUACUUUUGUGAAUUAUCUUUUAACCGCAGAGUUUAACGUAGUACAGUACAUCAACGUGUUUAAAUGAACUUUUAUUUUCACACGCGAGAAAGAAAGUACAAAAUUUAUGCUCUUCUUUAUUUUUUCUUUGUUAUUUAGAAAGAACAGAUAGGAAGAAUCAGUAUCAGAUUACGGAGGACAUUUUUCGUGUUAUUUUUUUUUUAGGUAAAUAUUUAGUGGUCAGUAACCUAUACCUACUAUAACAAAAGACGCGAUUAGUCAAUAGAAAAGAAGGUUAACGACACUAAAUCAGAUCAAAACCGAUCAUUUAUAAACUGACUUAACAUACAGGGUAAUCCUAGUUAAUAAUAGUAGACGUGAGCAGUGAUUACAUUAUACGGUACAAUCUGUACGUGAAAGAAGUACCUGUGAUAAUAAAGAAAAGUGUUGACUAAUAUUCAAAAUGAGGAAACAUGUGCUUCACUUUUAUUGCCAGUGUUGUGUGUUAGUAUCAAUGAUUUGGAAUAACGUUAUUGCAGAUAAUCAUCGGAGUGAUAUAGACACCUCACAUGUACGAAUGUGGACAGGCUGGUAUAAUACCGACGAUCCGGCGACAUCUGCCGACGACGACGAGAGUGUUGUCAGUAUUAGAAAGAGAGGAUAUGAAAUAUGCAACGGUAAUUCACCUAUAGACGCACUCUGUAGAGACGCGAAGGAUCCUUCAAUUUUGUUUAACGUAGAAACCACGGGGUACUCCAGAGACCGGCUGCUCGUCCCGUGUAAUACGUUCGGACUAAUCUGUCGAAAUGGGGACCAACAAAAUUCUACAUGCCGAGACUAUGAAAUACGAUUUGAAUGUUUAAAUGCCAAUGAGUUACCUGCCCCUGAAAACCUCGGAGUAAUAGGUGUCGCUGCAGGCUUGUCAGUAAUCGUGCCGAUCCUCUGUGUCGCCAUAAUGCACGUGGCGCGUCUGAUAAAAGAUCGACGGAAUCCACGAGGACAAAGCCUUGUUGGUAAUUCGGAACAAUCCGUUCAAACGGAAUCAUCCGAUCUGCCUCCCUCGUAUUCGGUUCUUUUCGGCGAGGAUACAACAGACGGUGAUUCCGUGUCAACAAAUGUGAGCUCAGUAGGAAUAUCAUUAACAGACUCAAGUGGAGAUUUAAGACUUCAGCACUCAAGACUUAGCUCAGGCAGCUUAGUGAGCAUGGCGGAUUAUCAGUUUAACCUUAAUCCGUCUGCUAUCGAAGAUGACGCUUCACAAAACACACAAUCUGCGAAUGGCAAUCGGUGUAGAACUUCUUGGAGAAGUCGAUUUCCAAAUAUGCAUUUAUCAGUGUUUGAUCUUAUCUAUUCCUCAGGUCAAAGGUCAGAGCCAACGUCACCUGACCUAAGCUACAUUCAAACUCCUCCUCCGUCCUAUAAAGAUGCAAUAAUAAUACUAGGCGGUGAACCAUUCUCCUUGUCCGAAAAUGGAGAAAUAGGGGAGAAAAUGUGAUUUAUUUUGAGCAACGAUAUUUAUGUAAUUUAUUUUGUAAAACGUUAACUUAUUUACUCUAAGAUUUAUUUGCUUCAACGAAUAGUGAAUAAAGUGCCAUGAAGUGAUUAUAUAAUAACUUGUAUUUAUGCAUAUGAAUGGUAAACAUAUUUUACUGUUUAUUAUAAACAUUCCAUAGUUUUUGCUACUGUCGUUGUUGUUUUCAUGUUACUCAAAAAGUUGGAAUAUUUUCUUUCAUAACUUCUCAAUUUAAUCAAAUGGACUUAUUGCAAAACCAACGAAUAUGGCUUAAUAUCAAGGAAUUUAUUCGAUUAAUGUAAUUAUAUAUUCGAGCUUUCAUAUCCAUUAAUAAACAAUAAGAACAAAAUAAAAAGUUUAGUCCAUUUGCAAGACAACAUCUUGCAAAGCUUCAGAAAAGUUUCGUUAUAUCAAGUUAGGUAGCAAGUGUGCGAGAGGAGAGUAAAUUAUUUUUUAAAAUUGUUGGAGUGUGACAACAAUAGUUUCCAUUUGAUUAGAUUAACUGUUGUUUUGAAAAGUUGUAUCCUAGUUUGGGGACCUUUCUGUUAAAAAUGUGUCAGAGUUAAAUCGACAGUGCGUUAACUGGAGUGAACCGCACUCCAGAGCAUGCCCAUUGAUUGGCUCAUUUUUGCUGGGGAUUACUUAUUGUGACGGCAGAGAAAGGGAAAGCGAUAGAAAUAUCAUAUUUAGAUGAUCGUUCACUGGUUACUUUUUCUCUGGGGUUUCAUAUUGAGACCACAGGGAACUUGUUAUUAUGUUUGACUAUGAUACAAAAGAGAAUGAGCAUCAAAACAUUCGGCAAUCUGAUUAAUACUCGGGGGCUACGCCCCCUCGUACAAAUCAGAUAGCCUCGUGUGUCGAUGCUCUUUCUAUUACUUACUUUUCGUGACAUUAAGUGUAUUUAUAUAUAACAUUGUGAAAAUUUGAUUGUGCGUUGAACGGAAUAAAAUUCUAUUUAUUUAUUCCCCACAAAGAACUCAUCUAAAAAACUUGUGAUAUAUAUAUGCAACAUAUGCACAUUUUGUCUUACAUGAGGCAAUCUGUACCAAAGGUCUUUCGAUAUAUGUUUUUUGUAUAUGUGUUCUAUUAAACAGUUUUUUCUCUGUUUAUUUUUUCAAAUAAAUCUAAAUGAAA